AUGUACGCCAAAGGUAAAGGAGCUGUCGUCCCUUCCGAUAACCAGGCGAGAGAAAAGUUAGCUUUAUACGUGUACGAGUACUUGCUCCAUGUGGGCGCGCAGAAGUCCGCACAGACCUUCCUGUCAGAGAUCCGAUGGGAGAAGAACAUUACACUGGGGGAACCUCCGGGGUUUCUACACUCGUGGUGGUGUGUAUUCUGGGAUCUGUACUGCGCUGCCCCAGACCGGAGGGAGACAUGCGAACAUUCCAGCGAGGCCAAGGCUUUCCAUGACUAUUCCCCGCAGACUCACGGCCCGAUCAAGUCUGCACCGCGGCUCCUCGCUGAUAACCCCUCCUCUCCCCCUCCCAGUGGCCCACAGCGGCCCCUGAGUCUCAGAGUGAAAAACAACAGGGUUCCCAGGAGUCGCACCCACUCGGCUCGGUGGCACACGCAGCAGGGACCGUGA